AAAAACACACACACAUAUGUCAAAACUCUGUCACGACUCUUCACAAAUUAAUUACAUAGUCUAUUUUAGACUGAAAACUGCAUUUAUAUAAUAUUUUAGUGCAAAUAGCCUGCCUUGUUGGCAGUAUAACUUAACUUUGGGCUCAGUCAUCAUCAGUUUCAGUGAUGCAGAAGGUGAAACAUAUGGCGAAUAUUAUUUCGAUACGAUCGAUGUAGGCACGAAUCUGUCUUCUGAUGAUAUGUUUCUCCCAUUUUACAUUUUAAAUCGCAUCAUUAAAGCAUUCAUGUUCAAUAACAAUGAAGGAAAUAAUCAAAACGUUGAAAAUAAAGUACUGGGUAGGAUAGGUGUAGAGAGGGCUUUAAUUUCCCAAUAAGGGCGUCAACCAUGGCAUCUAUUUAAUGAUUUGAAUUAAAAAUGAGUUCUAAUGAACUUCAAUACUGAGGUGCAGAUAACUGCCACUUGCCCUUAAAUAAUGCUGCGUUUUCGAUUGGUGUUAAUAGAAUCCAUAGCAUCUAUGCUAAUAAAAUAUUCUGCUUUCACUUAGUGCAAACAGCCGCUGCCAGUAUUUUACCUUAGUGUUCGAACUCCAAUCGGAUCACGGAUCGCGAAUCAUUUGAUUCAGAACGGACUUCAAAGCGCGUUUCAUCGAUCAUUUCAUUCGGGAUUCAUUCAGCUGAGGCAGGGAUGCAUAGAGCAGUGAAUAACAUGUAGAGUUAUCUUAAGGGAAGUCAAUUCGGUUAAAAUCGCCGUCAUGCCUAAAUAAGUGAUUUUUUGGCCAUUUUAUAAUAACCCACGACCAUCACAAAUCACGUUUUCAGGGAAGCCCGUGUCUUAUUUUACCUACAAUAAUGAUUUAUUUUGACGACGUCGCCCUAGGUGUAGACGUUAUAGGCUGCACGACAAACAGAGUUGUUGCACCUUUAUAUUUUUACACGACAGGCAUUUACUCGCUCAUCGUUGGUUGCCAAACAAAGAGAAUAAUCAGCUUUUUUAAAUUAAUGCCACUGCAGCCCGCCUUCAGCCAAAUGACACGAAAUAUAGACGCUAUAAAAACACAUCGGCUUUUGUGUAAUCUGACAUAACGCCGACAUCAGGUCGGGCAUCGGAUACGUACGGAACCUUUCCAGUUCGUGCUUUUCUGCAUGCACGUCCGUGUCGCCGACAGGCUUUCCAGAAGAAAACGCAAACGCACUGCACAAAACACGAAGCGGCGGCGGACACGCGCUCGGCGCUGGAAUCCCAACACGUAGUUAUCCUUAUAUGGUCACUUUCCUGUUUGACAGUGUUACGUCACCGCGUGACGCGUGAGCAGGUGCAGACGCCCGGACUCGAGGGGUCAGGAGAUAGACGUUAAACAUCCAUUUAAUUACGUGCAACUUUCACAAAAUAUGCAAUCGCGUAUAAAGUUAGUUUUCUCUUUGUUUCUGUCUUUCUCCCGCUGCCUCAUGUUCCUGCUGCAGCCGAAUUACACAGCACGACAGCAGAAUAUAUCGUCAGAAUAUCAGAGUAUAGUGUGGGAUAUUUAGGUGAGCAUCGGUUCGCACGACGCGAUCACCGUCAUACGCAUAAGUCACGCAUUAUUCAUAAGGACGUUAUGCAUAUCGGGGUCCAUCAGAAUUUUAUGAAUGAAUAUGUGGCACGCACCACAUUUCGUCCUGACAGGGGUUAUCGAUUCACAUCGCGCACCUCUGCCACACCGACUUCUUUUUCACUCGACGCUUAAUUUCGCUACGGCUUACACAGUAACGUGCGCGGCGGUGCUCAGAGAGCCGCGUUUCCCCCGCGCGUUCCGUGGAGGCGCUCCCCGCGCGCGCAAUGGUACGGUCCGUUUCAUUCAUAAAAUUCAGGCGCACUAUAAAUAGCCGCUCGCGGAGCUGAGUGUCACUGACCAGGUUUAUAAACCUGGAGAGAGCGACUCCAACAUCACGAAGCGAGGCGUCUGGGAUCGAGUCAACAGUUCGUCCGUUGCGCGCUGGAGAAAUGUUUCUGAGCAAAGCGAAGAAGACCGAUCCUGACUCCUCGUGCUCUUUGCCUGGGAACACCGGCUCCAGCAAAGCCGCCGAUGCCCCGAUGGACAGCAGCGCACAGGGCUCGUUCGUCCCGACGGUCACCGCGAUCUCCAGCACGCCGGACUUGCAGUGGAUGGUCCAGCCGACCAUCAUCACCUCCGCGUCUCCGUCCCUGGGCAGAGCCGAAAGCGGCGAAGCGGCCAAGAGCAAAGCGGCUGGGGGAAAGGGGAAAAGCGCCGCCAGGAAGAGCAAGUGCGAGCAGCUCUCUCCGGAGGAAGAGGAGAAGAAGAGGAUCAGGAGAGAGAGGAAUAAAAUGGCUGCGGCGAAGUGUCGCAACAGACGGAGAGAACUCACCGACACCCUCCAGGCAGAAACAGACAAGCUCGAAGAGGACAAAGCCGCCCUUCAGGCUGAAAUCGAGACCCUCCUGAAGGAAAAGGAGAGGCUGGAGUACGUCCUCGCCACUCACAAGCCUCUUUGCCAGCUGCCCGAGGAGCUGGACUGCCUGUUCCCAGAGUCUCCCCAGCCGCUCUCCGCUCCCGAAGCGGCCAGCAAACUCCCCGAGGACGGCCCGCAGGACUUGGACAUCCCCACCGUACCGUCCACCGCCAUUUCGGGCAACUCCAACAUCCUCCUGUGCUCCAGCGCGGAGGUCAGCCUGUGCGACCUCGAGCCCUCCCUGGACGUCAAGGACGAGCUCCUCGACCGGAUCUCGGCGGAAACGGCCCGCUCCGUCCCCGACAUCGACCUGACCGGCUCGCUGGGCAUCACAGACUGGGAAACCCUCUACAAGUCUGUGGCCAGUGAUCUAGAACCUUUGAGCACGCCGGUGGUGAGCACAUCCACACCCACCUGCAACAACUACCUGUCCGUAUUCACCUUCGCCUGCCCAGAGCUGGACUCCCUAGCCGAGGGACUGGACGGCUGCAAGGGCGGCGUGACCAAAGCAGAAACUAGCGUCGACAUCCUCAACUCUCCCACCCUUCUUGCCUUAUAAAUGCAAGCGUAGAUGAUGUAAUGUCACGACGUUGUUCUUAAUAUCUAUGGGAUAUGGCGGUGUUAUGAUGUCCAGAUGUGUGAUGUUGGUGUGAAGCCAGCUGUUCUGUGGCUGCAUCCAUGUAAUGUGUGCGGGACGGGGUUUACUUUCUUCCAGAGACAUUCGAUGUAGCCCAAAUACAAGAGCAUGGAUAAUUAUCUUACGAGCAGAUAUGAACUAUGUUCUGGUUUGAAAAGCAUGCACGAGAUAUCUAUAUAUAAAUAUAUAUAUGUAUAUACAGUGGUGGCCAAAAUGAUCUGAAUACUACUAUUCUCACCAGCUAAAAAGUAAUUGUAAGUCAGUCCAUUCCAGUGAGAUUCGAUCAUCAGUCUGUCUGGAAGGACAUGAAGAAACCGAUCAAACAGACAGACUCCAAGACACCUCAAGAAGUUUUAGGCACUUGUGUAAAAAAUGCUAUGAAAAGAGGAUGCCGCCAAUGGAUUUUCUUCUUAAUUUGAAUGAAGUUUGAUCUGUUUCUUAAUGUCAUUCCAGACCGACUGGAUAAUGAAGAGAUCAAAUCUCUCGAAAUCACUAAAAUCUCACUGGAUUAUUACAAUUAAUAGCAAAUGAAUGCUUGUAAAUGUAUAGUAAUAUUUCCUGAUGACACACUACAGCAGAAGAUAGGCAUAAAUGACCGAGAUAGAAAAAGCUCCUGACGUUUUAACCAUUUUGUCCACCACUGUAUAUAUUAUAUGUAUAAAAAGCAUAUAUAGUAUAUAUAUAUAUUAUAUGUAUCAGUUCCAUAUUUGUUUGAUCUGGUGCUAUAAGUUCUGUGGAAUUGACUGCGGUUUUGUGUUCGUUUUCUAUGGCAAUAGAUUAUCGACUCGUGUUGUGCUUUAAUAUACAGUCAUCAGAGUUAUCACAUACCUCAGUGUCAUCAUUCGACUGUGUUUUCACAUCGUUCUUAAAUGUUUAGAGUUUUCCAUGAAAACAUCCAGUGCUAUAUCGAUGGAGAUGUAUUUUAUGAUAAUUUAUUUUUCUACAUUUUAAAUUUGACUUCUUUGUCAAAUGAAAAGAAUGAAAUGAGCAUUGAUUGCUGAAUAAAUAUUCACGAUAUACAGUCAC